ACAACGAUCUCCAUAAGCAGCCCGUGAAAUACUUUCUCAGACUUUUUUAAAUUUUACUUAGUAAAGUCAUUCUGGAGAGAAACUGGGCUUUACUUCAACCUCACGACAGCUUACAUAUUCUUGAAGAUCAUCUUCCGUCCUUCACCCAAGGAUCAUCUUAGGACUUUGCCUACCCACAUUAAGGGCGAGACUGUCUAAUUUCCGUUAGACUUGCACAAUGAAGCGGUCGCAAGAAUUCCUUCCUGUUACAUCCCCAGAAACCUCUCCUCUUCCUGCUCAAAAGAAGCUCAAAGUAUCACCCCGUGUCUCUUAUGGAAUCAGCGUUCAAGAGACAGAAGUUGAGGCGGAUGGAUGGACUAAAGUAGAGAAGCGAGUUGCGAGGAAGCUGCGGAAGACGGAGAGUAGACUAGACCAGUCACAACCACCUCGCUUCUUGUAUGCUAAGGGAGAAAUCACGAAACGACGCGAGGCUGUCGGUAUCGAUGAUAUACGUGACCUUGUCCUACAUUUGUCGGCGGAUGCUCCUCCGUCUAGCUGGAUAAGGGUUGAGAACCCUCGCUCGAUAAGAAAAGUUGUCACUCUUCUCAUUCCAGGUCUGACACCAGAGAUCCUUUCCCUCCCGCCACUUCCUACAUCCGCUACUUCCAACCCGAACCAGCCUUUACAAAUACCACUGCCUGACAAACAAGAAGGUUCUUCCAAGGGCCUGCACUUUAUAUCUUCAACAUUCAGCCAUGCGUGUCCUACUCAAGCUCCGGGGGACCAAAGUCGUAUGCAUUCGGUCUUGAGCGCGUUCUUCCAGUCGCCACUCUCGGGCGAAGAAAAGAAGAGGCGUAUACUUGAGAGGGUUGCUUCAGAACGUGCUCAAGAAAAGACACCAUUGCGAUAUGUUCUCUCCGCGGCGCAAAUGAUUGAGAACGAAUACCCUUUACCGUCGUAUAUCGCCGACAUCUUCCAAAAACCACCAGCAUGGGUGGAAACGCCCGAGCCUGUGGAUGAGGACGGUCCCACAAGAUCACGUAGAAUACUCUCGAUAGAUUGCGAGAUGUGUCAAACAGCAGAUGACAAGGAGUUGGCCCGCGUUUGCUUGAUUGACUAUACCUCGGGAAUUGUGGUUUACGACAAGCUCGUAAAGCCAAGCAAGCCCAUCGUCGACUACCUGACAAGAUGGUCAGGCAUAACCGCAGAAGCUCUUGCAACUGCGACCACCUCCUUCGAAGAGGUCCAAUCUCACGUCCUCUCCGUUCUUUCUUCGAAACCUACACCCAUCCUUCUAGGUCACUCACUAGAAUCCGACCUUAAAGCACUAAAAAUCUGUCAUCCUCUGUGUAUCGAUACCGCCAUCAUAUACCAUCAUCCACGAGGACGACCGUUGAAGCCUGGUCUUGCUUGGCUGACAAAAAAAUGGUGUGGAAGAGAAAUACAGAACCGCGGUGAAGGUGGACAUGACCCUGAAGAGGACGCCAGGGCAUGUUUGGAUUUGCUAAAGAAAAAGGUGGAGAAUGGACCUGGCUUUGGAGAGUUCAAGACCGAUUAUGAGUCGAUUUUCGAGCGGAUGUCAAGAGCUCGAGGCGGCACUGUGCACUCAGCUGUGGUCGAUAGAGGAAAUCCUUCGACUUGGCAUGGUGGGAAGGCUACCACUACUGUUGGUUGCAAAUCGGACGACGAAGUUCUAUCGGGACUAUUGGACGUAGUGCAAAAUCACACAUUCACCUUCGGCCGCUUUACUGCCCUUGCAGAUGCUUUGGGGUGGAUCGUAAACCGUUCAUCAAAUGAACCUCAACCUGAAAGCACCCCAACGGAACGAUCGCCUGCAGACGUUGAAGAAGUCUUAACCAACCUCAAUACCCAACUCACCGAACUCUACUCCGCUCUCCCUUCUCGCACUGCGGUCGUUAUUUUCUCGGGACAUUCAGAUCCGAGAAAGAUGGCAGAACUGAAUGCACGGAAGAGUGCGUUUGAGACUGCAGUGAGAAUGGGUAGGAGUUUGGAUGAGAUCCCGAGAGAGAAGUAUUGGUCGACGGCAGACGCAAGGGCGUUGGAGGAAGAAGUUGUGAGGGCGAAGAGAGGGUUGUUGUUCUUAGGCAUUAAGGACAUUAGAUGAUCGUUUGAAGUCGUUCGUCGUUCUAUCGUUAGCAUGCUUUUUUGGAUCACUAUCAAUUGUCUUGCUAUGAUUUGCCAUCCGCUACCCAUGCGUCAACAAGUUUCAUUUACCGUGCGUUCGUUGAAAGGGGGAGUUGUGGGGUUGGGUUGGGUUGGAACAUUCACUACUCAGGUAUCACCGCGGUCGGAUCCUCAGCCCAGGGUACCUCCAAUUGCAGCUAGUACAUGGGCUGAUUAGAACACAAGAUGGAGCAUGAAAGCGCAUGGCAUACCUGUAUCAAGGCAGAACGUAUGUUAUCUUUCAAAGACUGCAAGAUAUCUAUUGCCUCCCUAGCUGAUGUCCCCCUGUAACUACUAUUGCCUAAGCAUCUGACGGUCGAUUUCGCCGCUUGUAUCGUCAUUACCCAUGCCAAGUCUUUUGCAUCAUCGUCGUCAUCCCACAGCCAGUUGGCCUGGCUCCAAUAAGUGGGCUCGUGAUCCGCCGCAAGAUAAGACAGUAUCUUGCGGUAUUGAUGGCAGAAUUUCAGCAAUGGAUAGUAGAAUCUCGUGUCCAGGCAUUCCAUGGUUGAUGAAUAGUUUUCCUCUUGUUGAAGGCGGGCAAUACGGAUGGCAGCAUAUCGUGCUUCUUCCCGCCAGCCAUGCUGAACGGCAAUAGAGUAGGCAUGGAAAGGAUCAGCGACUGUCAUUUUCUGCGUUUGACGUCUGCAGCAGGCCAGUACGGUUUUCAAUUGGUAUUUGGCUGCAGAGGUAAUAAGGGCCGAGAUAUCGUGAAUGCUCAUGUCUGUCAAAUCCGACACAACAGAAGGAUAACAAGAUCCGAUAAUGAUAUUCAGGAUACUGCUCUUCUCUGGAAGGAAGAGCACCGGUAAAUCUCCAGACUUCCGGUCGAGACCAGAAAUCUCUUUCUCCAGCAGAGGAGAUGAAAGCGAC